GGAAUUUAUUGUGGAAAAGAUAGAGGACAGAACAGUUUGAGAAAUGGUUAGUUUCCCAAAAUUUAAAUGAAGUUUCUUAAUAGUUUUAUUCUCGUUUCUUUGUAGUUUAUUAACAACCAAAAAAUGGCAAAAUCAGGAAUCAGGACAGGAAAUACAAUGCUUGAACAAAGGAACAGAGAUAGAAGUAAGUUUGUACUCUAUUUCAUAACAUAAUCAAACCAGUUUUAAAAUUCGUUGGCUCGGACUAAUAACCAUUGCAAAAACACAGGAAAGGAAAGACAUUCCAUUCCUAGUCUUCUACAAUGGACAAUUCGAUGAUCGAAUGAAUUAUGAAAAUUAUGAAGCCAGUGGACACUACAUUUCUGCCAAUUGUAACUAUGAAGAUUUGCAACAGAAACUCAAAGAUGCCCUGGAGUGCAACCAAGAAAACACUGUUUUGCAACUGAAAUAUCAAGUGAAGGAAGGAUACCAACCAUUGAGGAUAAAGGAUGAUCAAAGCCUGCAUUUCUACAUACAACUCAAACUGAAAGACCCCGACUUCACAACAUACCCAAUGUGUGUGAAUGUCAUCAACAACCCAACAACAACCAUCGAUGCAUCAUUCUUUGGAAAUGACAAUUCAUUAAUUACACAUACAAGCGCCUUCCAACCAAUCGAAUACAAUGCAGCAACAACAGAAGACUCAACAAAUCAACAACAUAUAAUUGAAGCAACAGUACCGGAAUUUGGGGGAGAAAGUUUUGACUUCAUGGACUAUGCAAAACUUGUGGCAGAGGAAAUGGUUGAGCAACUGGAAAACAACAGAAAAAAGGAACCAGAAAUCACAGAUUAUGACGAACUACUAAUCACAGAUCCGCAUCAUCCAGAAAUAGAAGAAGCACAAAUAUACAAAGACAAAGAAACACUGCAGAGUGUGCUUGGUUUCUAUGCAAUUAGGAACAACUUCCAAUUCAGAGUUAAAAAAUCAUGUGCAAGAACAUACAAGAUUUGUUGUUUGGAUCCAAAAUGCAAGUGGGCACUAACAGCAUCCAGAAACGGGCCAACAAAGUCAUUCAUCAUUCGAAAGUACGACAGAAAGAUGAUACACACUUGUGAUCUAAACAUCAGAUUUGCCGACAAGAGACAAGCUACAACGAAAUUGAUUGGAAACUACAUCAAGCCACGGUUCACCAACAUAAAAACAACUCAAACGCCACAAGACAUCAGAGGAGAAAUGAAACACAAGUAUGGGGUCAGAAUGAACUACAUGAAAGCAUGGAGAAGCAAAGAGCACGCGCAAGAAGAAUUACGAGGAAAAGCCAACGAAUCAUACAGGUUGCUGCCCGGUUUUUUGCACAUGUUGCAAAAAACUAAUCCCGGAACAAUAGUGCACAUGGAAACAGAGGAUGACAACAGCUUCAAGUACUUGUUUGUCGCACUGGAUGCAUCAAUAAAAGGAUGGAAGAAAUGCAAACCUAUAAUAGUUGUUGACGGAACUUUCCUUAAAUCAACAUAUGGAGGUACACUGCUCUCUGCUUGUACACAGGAUGCAAAUGGGCACAUUUUUCCACUAGCUUUUUCUGUUGUGGAUUCAGAAAACAACAACUCAUGGCAAUGGUUUUUCACAAAAGUGAGAGAAACAUAUGGGAUUAGAGAGGAACAGUGCUUGAUCUCAGAUAGACAUGAGAGCAUAAGUAAGGCAGCUUGUCAAGUAUUUCCAGAAAUCACACAUUGCUAUUGUGUAUACCACCUGUUAAGCAACCUAAAAGCAACCUUCAAGAAGAAUGCAAGCAAGCUGGAUAAACCAUUCUUCGCUGCAGCCAGAGCAUACACAGAGAGGAAAUUUGAAUACCAUAUGAGCGAGUUGGACAGCUUGGACAUCCGUGUAAGACCAUAUUUACAACAAGUUGGAUACCACAAAUGGUCAAGAUACCACUGCAAAAACAACAGGUAUUCAACUAUGACUUCAAACAUUGCUGAAUCUCUAAAUGCAGCAAACUUGGCAGCUAGAGAGCUACCAAUCACAACACUGAUGGAGUCAUUGAGAGCAUUGAUUCAACAAUGGACAUACACAAACAGGAAAAAAGCACAGAAAACAACAACAUUUUUAACACCUACAGCAGAAAAGAAAUUAGUCGACAACUUUGUGGAAUCAUUGACAGAAAAUGUAAAACCAAUAAACGAGACCAUGUUCGAAGUCAUUGAACUAACCAGAUCAUGGGUCAUCAACCUCAAGGAGAAAACAUGCAGUUGCAACAGAUUCCAACUUGAUGAGUUACCGUGUGCUCAUGCGCUUGCUGUUAUAAAAGAGAUGAACUUGAAUGUUUACAACUACUGUUCGGGUUAUUACACCACGCGAACAUGGCUUGAAACAUACAGCGGCUCAACAUAUCCGGUACACAAUCACACAACUUGGGAUGUGCCACAAAACAUAAAAGAUAUCAUUGUUCUGCCACCAAACCAAAAAAUAAGAUCUGGAAGACCAAGGAAACGAAGGUUUUUAUCUGAAUGGGAUACAAAAAAACAUAACAGGUGCGGCAAAUGUGGACAACACGGACACAAUCGAAAGACAUGCAACAAUCAAGCAAUAAAAUAGAUACAUAUGAAAUAUUUGAAUUGUUUAAUUUUGUGUGCAAAUUCAAACAGGUUGAUCUGUGAUGUUCUAAAUACAUGGGAUUUUAUUUUUAUGAAAUUUGGUACAGUUUUUUAAUAGUUUCAAAAUCGUUUUGUUACAGUUGCGACCCUUUGUAAAAUAUUAAGUACCGGAAUGACUUCUUCUUUACAGUUUUAAAGGCAGUCAGUCAAUAAUUGAUAAAACAUAACUUGAAUAAAGGGAAAAGGAUUAAUGGAAUACGAAGAAUAAAAAUACAUUCAUAGCACAAUUUAGGAAAAAUGAAAACAUAGUUUGUAUUCAGUUGGUUAAUAGUUUCUCCAUAGUUGUGCGACCGUAUAUAAGAACUUGAACAAUUAAAAAAAACAAACAACUUUGGGAAAUACAAACCUAUACAAUAAAGAUAUUAUAAGGAGUAAAUGUCAAAUAUCCUAAAAGUUUUAAACCAGGUACAUAGUAUAAAAUCAAAUAUAAUACCUACAUUGAAACAACAACACUAAAAAUUGUCUGGAAAUAGAUUCAACAAAUAACAGAAAAGAGCCACCAAAUUAAAAGAUCCUAUUUCUUCAAUUUAGAUGCCUUAGAAGACUUGCUUUGCUUCUCAUCCUCGCUGUCAAUGCUUUCGUCAAUUUUCCUUUGUCCGUACGAGAAGAAAAGUGAAGCAAGUCGGGUACGAUAAACUUCGAUGUCAAAGUCUGCAGGGACAUCCUUUCCGUGGAUAAAGAAUUCAGCAAAGGCAGCAACAUAUGCCCCGCAAUCACUAUAAAAAAACAGAAAGAAAAAGUAAACAGUUUAGAAACUAAAAAACAACAUAAAAGAAACUUAAAAGAAACACUCACUUCUUCUGCUGAGACGCAAGACCACUAAGCUCCACGAUUCUGAAUGGAGCUGUAGGGUCAGAAACUGAGGCAGGAGCUUGUGCUCUAUUCUUCCAGAACCCAAGUAAAUCGAAAAACAAAGGCAGCAACACGGAAUAAGCCUUCAUCGCAUUCCUAGCUGCGGCAUUCAUCUUCGCGGUCCUCAAAGAAUUGUACAGAAACAACGUCCCUUCGUUCAAGUCAAGACGCCCAAAAACCCAAUGACUUUCCCUUCUUAAAUUGAUGAUGAAUAGCACAUGAUCGGCUUCAUACCAAGGCUUGGAACAGGGAAUGCGCAUACCUCGGAUGUAAUGCGCUAUUGGGUGGGCAGCGUGAAUGUGUGACAUCUUAGUCUUCAUUGACUUGGCCUUGUUAAAUUUGUGGUACAAUGCUUGGAUGGAAUCAUCAAAAAGACAAUCAGUAGUUGCGAAAUUCAACGUCACAGCGGAAGAAUACUUACCUUUUUUCCGAAGGUAAUAGAAUAUGGUGUUCAUAUGCUGAGAAAAAAAACAACACAGAAACACAAAUGAAAAGGUUGAACAACUGUAAAAAAACUGAAAUGCAGUAUCAAAACUAAAAAACAUUUAUAAAGCAACUGAAAACAAACUACCAUAACUACAAUAUAAAUUGGAAACUUUACCGAGUCGUUCAUAAACAUGUCGCAUGUGGCCAAAUGAUAAAACCAAGUUUUAUCCUCAACAUAAUCAACACCUAGCCUAAAACCCGGGGUAAAUUUCUUUGCGCCGUCUUCAUAACAAUUAUAAUGCCUACAACAACAAACAAACAGCAAAAAAAUAGCAUUAAAAAAGGAAUAAAACUGAAAUAAAAAACAUAAUACAAAAACAGAUUUAAUAAAAACAGUCACCUAGGAUGUUUAAGCAAUCCUUCACCAAUCCAAGCGUCAAAUUUUGCCUCAAUCUCAGUAGAUACGCAAUCAGCAAAAGCAUCAUUAAGAGCAUAAAGGCCCUUCACAUAAGUCACCAUUUUGAAAUCCCUAUCAUAUCCAGCUGAUUGAGAACCUGAGGACAUAAGCUCCAUUGGAGUGCUCCCGACAUCAGCAGACCCGAAAUCAACAAAUGGAGAUUUCAAGGCCGGAGCACGCUUCCUCUUAUCCAACAGAGUUGUAUCAGAGACAGUGUCCUCAGUUUCUUCAUCAGUAUGAAGGGCAUCUGACUUUUCACCAACAACAUCUGGAUUGGGUGCGGGGACCUAAAAAAGAAAGAAUGCAUUAAAACAGUUGCAAAACAUACUAGAAACUAAUGAGCAACCAAAAAGAAACCUAGUUUUUUUGAAAACAAUUAAAAGUAAACUUACAUGGAUUUUAGCAACAGCCUCCAAGCCAGCCAACACAACUUGAUCAUCAUCUAUUUCAAGCUGGCUCAACCCAUCAAGAAAUCGUCCCCCUUCAAUCGAGACUCAUUGCCCUUCGGCUUCUCAACAUCCUUAACAUUUUUAUCACUCCCUCCAACAUCCUCAGAUGGAUUCACAUCAGCAGAAGGAACAGCAGUAACAGCCUUGUCAACAUCAUCAGCAUCCCCACCAACUUUAACCAACUCACCACCAUCGUCGGAGUCGGAAUCAAUAUUUUCUGGAUCAGGCAAUUGCUUCUCAUCAUCCUCGGCAUCAUCAUCAUCAUCAUCAUCAUCAUCAUCAUCAUCAUCAUCAUCAUCAGAAUCUUGAGUUACUAAUUCAUCCGAUGACUUUCCCUGUAUCAACCAACAUAAAUGAAACUUAAAUAAAACAGUAAAGAAACUUUAAAAAAUAUAUAUAAAAAAACCUAAACAAUAAAAUAAGAAUAAAUACCUCAUCAGAAGGACGACGAUGAAUGGCAUUAACCUUCUCUUGGAUAUCCUUAAUUACAGUCAUUACGGAUUUGAAAUUAAAAUCAACAAAACACCUCAAUGAAAUGAAGUCCUCGGCCAAUGAUGAUUGAUUCGAAAUGAGCAUCUCCAGCUUA